UCUCAUGCACUCUCACACCGAUUUCAGGCAAAACGAAACUGCAUGAUAACUUGCAGUGUAGCUGUGCGCAGCUGGGAUUAAGAAUGGCAGACACGGCUCAAAGUAACCAGGACCUUUUUACAUGUCCGAUUUGUCUUGAUCUCCUGAAAGAUCCCGUGACUAUUCUCUGUGGACAUACUUACUGUAUGGGCUGCAUUAAGGACUUCUGGGGACAGAAAGAUCAGAAAGGAGUUUACAGCUGUCCCCAGUGCAGACAGACUUUCGCUGCAAGGCCCGUUUUAAACAAAAAUAAUAUUAUUGCAGAGCUUGUUGAGCAGAUGAGGAAGACCAGAAUCCAAUCUGCUGCUCCUGCUCCUGCUGCAUAUUUUUCUGGACUUGAAGAUCAUGUGGAUUGUGAUGUCUGCACAGGGAGGAAACUCAAAGCGGUGAAGUCCUGUCUGGACUGUCUAGUGUCUUACUGUGAAACUCACUUGAAAGCCCACAAUGAUGUAACCCUUGGGAGAAAGCACAAUGUCGUUGAUGCCACAGGCAAGCUACAGGACAGGAUCUGCACCCAACAUGAGAAGCCUCUGGAGAUAUUUUGUCGCACAGAUCAAAGUUGUGUCUGUUUUCUCUGCAUGGUGGAUGAACACAAAGGCCAUGACACCGUGUCAGCCUCUGCAGGGAGAAAGGAGAAACAGGCAUAUUUGGGGGAGACCCAGAGAGGUUUUCAUCAGAGAAUCCAGGACAGAGAGAAGGAACUGCAGGAUCUGAAGAAGGCUGUGGAGACUCUCAAGAGUUCUGCACAGACAGCAGUGGAGGACAGUGAGAGGAUCUUCUCUGAAAUGAUCCACACCAUUGAGAAAAGGCGCUCUGAGGUGAAAGACCUGAUCAGAGCUCAGGAGAAGGCUGAGGUGAGUCAGGUUGAAGGACUCGUCAUGCAACUGGAGCAGGAGAUUGCUGAAUUGAAGAACAGAGAUGCUGAGCUGGAGCAGCUGUCACACACAGAGGAUCACAUCCAUUUCCUCAAGACCUUCCAGUCAGUCAGCGACCCACUGGAGUCCAAAGUCUCAUCCUGCGUCCAUGUUAAACAAAACCUCUCUUUUGAGGCUGUGAAGAAAACUGUCUUCGCUCUGCAAAGACAGAUGGAGACUCUCUGCCAGGAGGAAUUCAUGAAAAUGUCUGCUGCAGUGACGGAGAUCCAUGUUGUUUUGCCUUCUGACCCUACAACUAGAGAGGAAUUCCUACAAUACGCUUGUUGUUACUUCACACUGGAUCCAGACACAGCACACAGAAAACUCCAUCUGUCUGAGGGGAAUAGGAGGGUGGAGAGGAGAGUUGAUGACCAGUCAUAUCGUGAUCAUCCAGACAGAUUUGAGAAGAUUGUUCAGGUGUUGUGUAGAGAGGGUGUGUCUGGACGCGUCUAUUGGGAGGUAGAUUGGAGUGGGCGUGUAGUUUUUAUAGCAGUCUCAUAUAAAAGCAUCAUCAGGAAAGGAGAGCGUAAUGAUUGUGGGUUUGGAUGCAAUGCUCAGUCCUGGAGGUUGGAACUCACCAGCUCCAGCUCCAGUUUCUGGCAUGAUAAUAAAGAAACUAAACUCCCUCUAGUGACCAGCUCCAGAAUAGGAGUGUAUGUGGAUCACAGGGCAGGAAUCCUGGCCCUUUACAGCAUUUCUGACACCAUGACCCUCCUGCACCGGGUCCAGACCACAUUCAAUCAAAAACUCUACCCUGGGUUUGCGUUUGGUUCUGAAUCAUCAGUGAAGCUGUUGUGACUGAUUUGCAUAUGUCUUUUACAUUAUCAUUUUAACACAUCACUCACAUGUAAGGAUCCGGGAUCUGAGCCUAAGGUUUUAUUUGAGGUCCAUAGGACCUACAGUAGCAUGUGAUUCAGUUUGAUUUAGGGAAGAGGACAGACAUUAAGGAAAGUCUAUGCCAGACCUGUGGACUUGAGAACAGUGGACCCUGCGUGGCCUGGUGAGAUCGGAGAGGGCUCAAGACUGCCUGAAUAUCUUAUGACACAAGGCUGAAAGGAGACUCUCAUGGAGACUGUGUGCAAAGGGUUUGCUGAAUGGGCAGACGUCACCAGUAAUCCUCUGUUGUUAUUGUUAUUGUUAUUGAUAACAUUGUUAUUUGGAGGCUGUACAUUUUGACAACAUAAUUUGGGUAGUCUUUUGAUGCAUGGUUUGAUUUUGUUUUUGGUUGGAUGGAUUUUGUAUUCCCUCCUUUGUCUCACAGUAAUAAAGUAUGUAAUUGAAGAGACGAGAACCCUAAAAAAACAGGAAUUAUUUCUUGAACACAAUGAUAAAUAUGUUGUAUCUGUGAUUUACAAUAUAAAACAGCAGAUUUAGGCCUAUAGAAUCACUCUGAGGAUCAAGUAGGGUUUUUUUUUUUUUUGUCUAGAGACCUGUCUUAUAAUGUGUCAAUGUAGGCCUAUGUAUACUGUACAGUUUUGGAAUAAAUUAAGAGAC